GGGGACAUCCCCCAGCCCCGGCGGCCGCUUUGCUCCCUCUGUGUGUGCUGGGGACGCGCUCGGUGCUUUCUGGCUCUACGCUGGUUUUCCCAUCGCUGCCUUUUGGGGAGCAGCGAGGCGGUGGGUUCCAGGCGACCAGCAGGAUGCAACUCUUCCACUGUGGCCUCGCAGCCCUGCAGCUGAUGGGAUUUGCUUCUUGUACCAACUUGGAGGAUGGCCCUGCUUGUGGGGCAUCUGUUGGGCUAGGGAGCAUUUGAUGGUCCUGCAACAUCCGUCCCCAUGGAGGGGCUGUCUCGCCGACAGUGGGACCACCUGCUUGCCGUCCCUGUGCUGCGCACAGGGAUAGGUGCUGGGGAAGGGGCUUUGGUGAGGAGGAUGCCGUGUCCUCAUCCUGCUAUGGCUCAGCCCCAGUGGCUAUCAGUGCAGCACUGGGUGGGGGGCUCAGCAGUGGCAGUGCCAGAUGGAGGCACAGAGAUUGUGGGGUUACAGCGGGCGCUGUGGGUUUGGGUCCCUGGUGCCAGGGCUCACUGUCACCUCUCGUCACAGAGCUUGAUGGCAGCAUCUUGUGAGAUCAGCAACAUCUUCUCCAACUACAUCAGCGCCAUGUACCAACCCGAGGAGGUGCAGCUGCCCCCGGAUGUGCUGGGAUGCCCCGGGGAGGACAGCAGCAUGGGGCUGAGCCUCUCCACCAGCCAACCCCUGGCAGAGGGUACAGACAAGCCGGAGUGGUUCGGUGAGCUCCCAUACUUCUGGACCAAGGUGCAGGUGCUGGAGUGGAUCAGCUACCAUGUGGAGAAGAACAAGUACGAUGCCAGCUCCAUUGACUUCUCCUGCUGCAACAUGGAUGGGCACGCGCUCUGCCACUGCACCAGGGACCAGAUGCGCCUCAUAUUUGGGCCGCUGGGGGAUGAGCUGUAUGACCGCCUGCAUGAGAUCACCUCUGAUGAGCUGAGCUGGAUCAUUGAGCUGCUGGAGAAAGAGGAUGCAGAUUCCCAAGAGACCUCCCUGGACAGCAGCCACCUGGAGCUCGGCAAUCCCUGUGCCAAGGACUCCCUGGAGGACCUGAAGCCCACAAACCCUUUCCUCGCCACAGACUUCACCUGCUUGUCCGGCGCCAUGUCCCCAGGCAGCUCUGACCUCUCAGGACCCGUGAUGUCCCACAGUCCAAACUCCCAGGACUCCGGUGGAAGCGACCUCGACCUCGAUCCCAUGGAAGCAAAGCUUUUUCCUGAGGGCAGCAAGAAAGGGGAUGGUAAACACGGCAAGCGGAAACGGGGCCGGCCUCGAAAACUCAGCAAGGACAGCAGAGAGUGCCUGGAGGGUCGGAAAAGUAAGCACUCCCCACGAGGAACUCACCUGUGGGAGUUCAUCCGUGACAUCCUGAUCCACCCCGAGCUGAACGAGGGGCUGAUGAAGUGGGAGGACCGACGCGAGGGUGUCUUCAAGUUCCUGCGCUCCGAGGCGGUGGCUCAGCUCUGGGGGCAGAAGAAGAAGAACAGCAGCAUGACCUACGAGAAGCUGAGCCGAGCAAUGCGAUAUUACUACAAACGGGAGAUCUUGGAGAGGGUCGAUGGACGUCGCCUGGUCUACAAGUUUGGGAAGAACUCCAGCGGAUGGAAGGAGGAGGAGGUGCUCAACAGGAACAAGGAGCUGUAGGAGCCCCGGAUCAGCCCUAGCUCCUUGGCAGGAGUUUUUUGUGCAGACGGACUGGAAGAUGCUGCCCCAUGCAGCACGUGGCACUCCGAGCCUUGUGUGGGCACAUUCGUGUGUGUGCUGGUGUCCACCAGCACCAAGGUGUUUAAAGCUAAUAUUUUGGCUCCAGUAGGUUAUUGUAAACCAUUAUUUCUCUUGCUGGAUUUGUACCUCCAACUGGAGAGGCAGUGACUUUGGGACUUCGUCUGUUUCAAAGCCUGGACAAGAACAAUGGGAAGAGAAGAAUGAGUGGCAUUAGGCACUGAUGUGAUGGCGCAGCAGGUUCCUGCUGGCACCCACCCGUGACUUGUCCCAGCCACCUGCUCCUGUGGGAUGGGUGAAGCCCCUCUGUGCAGCAUCUCAGAGCAAUGUCUGCCACGAGAAGACGGGAACACUGCAGAGCUUUACCCGAUCCCAGUGAGUCCAAAGAGCGCCCAAGGACUGAGUUCACCAGGGCUUGGCUGUGUUUCCAGCCCAGCUCCCCAGGAACAGGCUUUUUCCCUAAGAGUAGCUUCUAAUUUAUGUAAGAGAAAACGAAUAUACAGAUAUAUUUUUUCAUGUGUAAGGCAUUCUUGCGUGAUGGUGUGCACUGUGGGGCAAAUACGUGUCCUGCAUUGCUCACGGGAGGUGAUGCUCAGCUGGACUGAAGUGAUGUCAGGGGGCACAGGCUGGAACUGUGUUAGCCCUGGGAGGGAGAUGCCGACCCACCAGGCACCCACAGAUCCCUCCUUUUGAGCUGGGAAUGUCAGAGGAAUAAACUGUUGUCUGG